AUAUCAUUAACGGGCACACUGUUGCAUAUGCACGUGUAAAUAAGUUUACUUGAAUUCUGCUGAAAUGCGUAAAAAGCAGCAUGAUGAAAUACCUGGCUUUCCGUCAUUGGAGCAAAGCGGCACCAGUGGCGGCAACGAUGAUAUUCUCAAAACCAAACCUAAAUCGAAAAAAAGCGGUGGCUUCCAAUCAUUGGGUCUGGGAUUCGACUUACUGAAGGGUAUAACCAAACGUGGCUACAAGGUACCCACGCCCAUUCAGCGAAAAACCAUUCCAUUGAUUUUGGAGGGACGCGAUGUUGUUGCCAUGGCCAAAACAGGCUCCGGCAAAACAGCCUGUUUUCUAAUUCCUAUGUUCGAAAAGCUGCAACGCCGCGAGCCCACAAAAGGUGCACGUGCCUUGAUCCUAUCGCCGACGCGUGAGUUGGCAGUGCAAACAUAUAAAUUCAUUAAGGAUCUGGGUCGUUUUAUGGAACUGAAGACGAUCCUUGUGCUGGGCGGUGAUUCGAUGGACUCACAAUUCUCAGCCAUACACACAUGUCCAGAUGUCAUUGUUGCAACGCCUGGCCGCUUUCUGCAUUUGUGUGUGGAAAUGGACUUGAAACUGAACUCCAUAGAGUACGUUGUCUUCGACGAGGCUGACAGACUUUUCGAAAUGGGAUUUGGUGAGCAGUUAAACGAAACGCUGCAUCGCUUGCCAUCCUCAAGGCAAAUGGUCAUGUUCUCAGCAACGCUGCCAAAGCUUCUUGUUGAAUUUGCACGGGCUGGACUCAGUGAUCCUGUGCUGAUUCGUUUAGAUGUAGAAUCUAAGCUGCCAGAUACGCUGUCCCUUAAAUUUCUGUAUUGUCGACCUGAUGAUCGCUACACUGCAUUGGUAGUACUGCUGAAAUAUGUGAUACCCCAACAAGCGCAGACAGUUGUCUUUGCCGGCACACAACAUCACGUCGAACUUAUUUCAUAUAUACUUACUCAAGCGGGCAUAUCAAAUACCUCAGUGUAUUCCAGUUUGGAUCCAGCUGCUCGUAAAAUCAAUACUGCAAAAUUUGCUAGCAAAAAGGUUUCGGCUCUAAUCGUCACAGAUGUGGCUGCACGUGGUAUUGACAUACCAAACUUGGACUAUGUUGUAAACUUACACUUCCCAGGCGUUCCGAAGCUAUUUGUGCAUCGCGUGGGACGUUGUGCUCGUGCGGGACGCACUGGCACAGCCUACUCUAUAUUUUCCACAGAUGACACAGCUCAUCUGCUGGAUUUGCACUUGUUUUUAAAUCGGCCUUUUAAUAUCAAUGAUAACUCAUCUAUUGGCACCAUACCACAGGACUUGCUAGAAGAGGAGUAUCUGGGCGUAACCGAGAUCAAGAAGAGUCAUCAUAUAGCAGGCGUAUUGCGGACAAGUGAAAAUGCGUACAAGAAGUACUUGAGCUCGCGUCCUACUGCGUCCACAGAUGCGAAUGCUCGGGCCAAGAAGAUCAAAUUCUUUGCUUUAAAGACCCUCGAGGAUUUCUUUAACGCUGCGCCUGUACUCGAGCAAGCUGCUAAGAUAUCUGGCAAAAUACUUAAUGAAGAAUCCAGGGCUGAUGUUGCAGAAUGUGAGCGUAAAUUGGAGAAUGAAAAACAUGAUAUAUUGGUCAAGAUGCGGAACUUUCGGCCAAGCGGAACCAUUUUUGAAUUGAAUACGACCCAAAAGUCGGUGCCUUUUGUUGUUAUGAAAGACAAACGUUCGCACCACACAGAAGUCAUUCAAAAGUUUCGCCAACAACGCGCUAAGGAGGAUAUUGAUGAGGUGCAAAAGGUUGUGGAUGCCCAGAAGCCAAGCACCAUUACAAGUGCUGAUGAUGAAUCGAUUAGCACCACAUUUAAAAAGGUGGUUGCUCCGAAAAAGCGACAGAACAUGGAUGCUCUAUACGCAGACAAACAUAAAAAGAAGAAACGCAAGAUGCAAGUCAAGGAUGAAGAGAACUAUGUGCCUUAUCAGUCGGCAGAUAAACACACCGAAGAUGGUCUCGCUAUCAACUCAUUCGAACGCCAAGCGCGGAAUGCCGAGUUCUCUGUUGUCGAACGGAACGCAGCACAGGAGAUGAAGCACAAGCCUGGACUCAAGAAAUGGGAUCGUAUAAAAAAGAAAAUGGUCUCCGUUCAAGAUCCGCGCGCAAACAAAAUACGCACAGAAUCCGGCGCUUGGAUACCCGCUUCGUUCAAGACAGGUCGCUACAACGAGUGGAAAGAGAAAUCCAAAAUCGAGGAGCAACUACAGCGCGAAAAUGCAGGCAGCGACGACGACAACUUCAAGCCGCUGUCUCAUGCGCAACGGUAUCCUGUGGGCCGACAUGCUCGCUACAAUGCCAAACUCGAGUUGAAGAAACGCAUUAGCGGCAAUGACAAGGAGCUGCGCAGGCCGGAACAGAUUGUAAAGUCGCGAAUGCGUCUAGAGUUUAUUAAGAGGCGUCAAGAAGAAAACACGACCAAGAAGGAAGAAAAUCGUAAGCGGAGUAUGCGCAAAAAUCAGAGGCCCAAAGCAGCGCCACAGAAAAAAUCUGGUGGCACCAAGAAGCGCAAAUAAACUAGAUGAACACGAAAUGCAAAUGUUUUUUAAUAAUCUGAUAGCUGUACAUAAAAUAAAGACUAUACUUGUAUCUACAUGGCCUAGCGAUCAUUGUUACCAUAAAAUAAUUAGUUUCCAGCACUUCCGGCACCCAAACAGCAGCUAUAAAUAUAUGCUGG